CUUCCUUGUGAUUUAUUUCUGGAUAGUUCUUUACUUGGAGAAAUCUUUUUAUUUGUCUGUAGAUCAACAAAGUUUAUUUGUAUAGACAUUUUUUCAUUUUUUUUUGUCAGAUAAUUUCCAACAGGUAACAAGAAAAGUGUAAAAAUGCCGGUCGGUUUUGAUAUUGGUAACAGUUCCUGUUUCGUUGCUGUAGCGAGACAAGGUGGUAUUGAAACAAUAGACAAUGAAUACAGUUCAAGGAAUACACCGGCCUUUAUUUCCUUCAAUGAAAAGAACAGAAGCAUUGGUGUUUCAGCCAAGAAUCAAUGUAUUACAAAUCUGAAAAAUACAGUAUCUGUUUUCAAGAGAUUUAUUGGUAGAAAGUUCACAGACCCAUUUGUACAGAAAGAGCUCGUUGAUUUUCCCAAACCUUAUAAGGUAGAACAGGGAAAGAAUGGAGAAAUUUUAAUCAAGGUUCAGUAUCUUGAAGGUGAGCAGCAGUUUACUCCAGAGCAGAUGAUGGCAGCUCUUUUGACGAAGUUAAAGCAGAUAUCAGAAGCUGGACUGAAGACUAAAGUGGUAGAUGUUGUGGUAUCUGUACCCACAUUUUUCACAGAUAUAGAAAGAAGAGCUAUGUUAAAUUCAUGUGAGGUAGCUGGACUGAACUGCAUGAAGGUCAUGAAUGAUUCAACAGCAGCUGCUUUGGGUUAUGGUAUUUACAAACAAGAUCUCCCACCUGAGACAGAGAAAGCCAAGAAUGUGGUAUUUGUUGAUAUUGGUUACUGUUCCUUACAGGUGGCCAUUGUGGCAUUUCACAAGACAAAGCUAAAGGUUUUGGCAACAAAUUUUGACCCCUGUCUAGGAGGAAGAAACUUUGACAAAAUUUUAGCAGACUAUUUUCAACAGGACUUUAAAGAACGUUAUAAAGUUGAUGCAGGAAAGAAUAUGAAAGCUAGAUUGAGAUUAGAAACUGAGUGUGAAAGACUGAAAAAAUUAAUGAGUGCAAACACACAAUCCAUUCCAAUUAAUAUAGAAUGUUUUAUGGAGGACAAGGAUGUGACAGGUAGAAUGGACAGAACUCAGUUUGAAGAAUUAUCAGCUGGUAUAUUAAAAAGAAUAGAAACAGUUUUUCAGACAUUACUUGAAAAUAGUAAGAUGUCAACAUCUGAUUUGGUUGCAGUAGAAAUAGUAGGAGGAUCAUCAAGAGUUCCAUCAAUUAAAAGUCUAGUACAGAAAGUUUUUGGCAUUGAGCCAAGUACGACACUGAAUGCUGAUGAAGCUGUGGCCCGUGGAUGUUCUUUACAGAAUGCCAUAUUAAAUCCCACAUUCAGAGUUCGAGAUUUCUCAAUCAAUGAUGCACAGCCUUACUCUAUUACACUUAGCUGGCAGGCAACAAUGGAAGAAGACAGUUCAAUGGAGUUGUUUCCAAAGUACCAUAUGAUUCCUAUGUCCAAAGUACUGACAUUCUACAGAACUGAGCCAUUUCAACUGGAGGCUAAAUAUACACACAAAAAUGAUGUUCCCAUACCAGAUACAAAUAUAGGUAAAUUCCAAGUUAGUAAGAUAGAAAAACCCAAAAAUGAAGACAGUGCCAAAGUGAAAGUGAAAGUAAGAGUUAAUCAAAAUGGCAUCUUCACAGUAAAUUCUGCUACCCUGUCAGAGACAAUAGAACAAGAGGAACAGGACACUAAAGCUGAGGAACAGUCCAUGGAUGUUGAUGCUGAGAAAAAAACCGAGGAGGAAGGAAAAACUGCAGAGGGAGAUCAAAAACCUGAGGUCAAUGGAGAAACUGAGCAGAUGCAAACAGACCAACCAGAAGCACCUGAGAAAACUGAUAAUGAUGAAAAGAAGGAGGAAAAUUUUGCCGGUGAUAAAAAGUCAGAGAAAAAGUCUGAAGAGAAGAAGAAAAAGAAAGUCAAGAAAAUAGAUCUACCCAUUGAAGCCUGUGUUCCUGAAAUGUCCAAAAAGGAGAUCAAUGAACUAGUCGAAAAAGAGAAUCAGAUGAUUAUGCAAGAUAAGUUAGAGAAAGAAAGAGCUGAUGCUAAGAAUGCUGUAGAGGAAUACGUGUACGACAUGAGAGAUAAGCUGUCUGAAGCCUAUGAACCUUUUGUUAGGGAAGCAGACAGAGAAAAGUUUAGUAAGUUAUUAUCGGAAACUGAAGACUGGCUAUAUGAAGAAGGAGACGACCAGAAAAAACAAGUUUACCUUGACAAACUUACACAGUUAAAGAAUAUUGGUAUCCCAAUAAAAGACAGAUAUGAUGAAUUCCAGUACAGACCUGCAGCAUUCGAUGAAUUAGGCCAUGGUAUUCAACAUGUCAGGAAGUUUUUAGAUCUCUGUGCUCAGAAGGAUGAGAAAUAUGCCCACUUAUCAGCAGAAGAUGUAGAAAAAGUCUCCAAAUGUCUGGCAGAAAAAGAACAAUGGCACAAUAAAGCACUGAUGGACACACAAAAACAAAGUUGUUAUGAUCCUCCAAGUGUUUUAGCACAACAAAUUCGAUCAACAAAACAGGCAUUAGAUACUACGUGCAAUCCCAUUAUGAACAAACCCAAGCCAAAAGUGGAACCUCCAAAAGAAGAGAAAAAGGAAGUGAAGAAGGAAGGAGAGAAUAAUGGAGAAAAAAUGGAAACAGAUUCAACAAAACCAGGAGAAACACCCGCAGAUUCACCGAAAACAGAGAUAAAACCAGAAAUGGACAUUGAUUGAUAACGUACAUUAAUAGGACAAAUUUAUUUAUUUAUUGAAAUGAAGUGAGAGGUCACGGAUAAUGAAGAAAUAGUUGUUCUUGAAUUGUUCAUUUUAGCAGACGACAGGCUGACUUCAUUUUUUGAUAAUAUUUAGGGCACUAAAGAUUUGAUUUUGUAAAAAGAAAUUAUUUUGUUUGAAAUCUCUUUCUUCUAAGUCAGUUUAAAAUUGGAGAGGAAACUAGCAUUAAAGUUCUUUUUCUAAUGUAGUUUAUGAACUUUAUUAGGUAUUGAUGUGAAAAUGGGACAUGAUGUAGUUGAUAAAUUUUUAUGUUUCAUACUUGCACGUUAUAUAAGUAAAAUUUGUAUUAACAAAGUGAACGGUUAUGUAUAAAACUAUAAAACUAACACAUUUUGCAUAAGUAACAUUUUGUGGAAUGGCUGAUUUCAUGUUUCACAUCAAUAUGUAUGUUUUAUUCACACAUUUUCCAUUGGUGACUGCAUUUGUAUAAUAUAUCAUUUAAUAAUAUAAUUUAUACAACAAGCUGCAAGCAUAAUUGUUACUGUUAAUAUCUGUAAUGCAAGUAAGUGCUUUUUGUUGUUAUGAAUGGUUGUUAUGGUAACUUGGCAAAAUACAUGGUCAAAAUUGUAACAGAAUUUGUACAUAAAAGUAAUGGCAAAAUUCUGCUUAUAUUUAUACAUAAAAAAAAAAGACAUAACAAGAACAACAGAUGCUGGUCAAAAGACCAAAAACCAAACAAAUUGACAUUGUAAAAGGUCAACACCAGGUGUCACCACUGUAAACUUAUAUGAAAUAAAUGAGGUUAAUUCAACCUUUGGCUGAAAUAUACCAAAUGCUUUUACAUAAAUUGAUUCUUAUGUUAGGCAUGUUAGAAUUGUAACUUCAUAUUCAAGACUGUAAUUUUAUAUUAAAUAACUGAGAUUUCACUAUAAAAUCAGUCCAGUCAUAAAAACUUAUUCUCUUUUUUUUAUUGUUGAUACUGUUAUUCAGUGAUUGACGUUUCCAAUUUUUACCCUGUUACUGUUGUUUCAUUGCUUCAAUUUCAUACAUUUCAUUUUCAUCUUAUUAUUUGUUUUAAAUCAUCUGCAGGUAUAUAUAGUGCUAGAGUAAUCGGCAGGGAUCUAGUUUAUCCUUACACAAAUAAGUCAAAUUAAGGUGAUUGAAAAUUGGAUUAAAGUUAUAGCCCCCCCCCCAUUAAAGUCAAAAAGGUAGAGUAUUAGGAUUGUAGUUCUGCUUCAAUUAAAAUUGAGAAUGGAAAUGGGGAAUGUGUCAAAGAGACAACAACCCGACCAUAGAGCAGACAACAGCCGAAGGCCACCAAUGGGUCUUCAAUGCAGCGAGAAACUCCCGCACCCGGAGGCAUCCUUCAGCUGGCCCCUAAACAAAUAUGUAUACUAGUUCAGUGAUAAUGGACGUCAUACUAAACUCCAAAUUAUACACAAGAAACUAAAAUUAAAAAUGAUACAAGACUAACAAAGGCCAUUACUUUUUGUAAUAAUAAAAGACAAAUAUAUCCCUUUGUUUAAUCUGAAUUUUAAGUAAGAUCAAAAACAGUAAGUUUAAUAAAACCUACAAAAUAGUUUUGGUUUUAGAGUCUUGAAAUGUAUACUGCAAGAUUAUUUUUUUUUACAGUAUUUGAGGGAAUAAAAAAUAGUUUGAGCAUAUACAUUUUUUUCUCCAAAAUUUGAAUAUGAGUAAAGUCUUUUUUAAACCUCAUAAAAUUCUCUAAGGACACUGAUUUAUAGACCAAGUUUUCUGUUGCUUUAGUAUUCCAUCAUUAGGUUACAAAUUAUAUUAUUAUACUUCAGAAUGGUGUUGUAUGGUUUGCUAUCAUUUCUGGAAGCUCUCAUUUGUUGUGGUAUUUUUUAUUUUUCAUUCUAACAAGGAUUUUUAUCUGAAAUUUACACAGUUAUACAUUAAAAGGAUAACAAAAUUUCUAGACAGCAGAAUAUCAACAAGAAGUAAUAUGACCAGUAAUCUCCCAAAAUAUUGAACUAUUUACAUUAACCAAGUGGCUGGGAUUGAUUUUCAUGAUCAGGUUCUAAAUAAAAUUGAAAACUUUUUAAAAAAUCAGCGGUUAACUUUAUGCCACAAAAGUUAGGGAUCAUUGUUUGUUACAAAGUUUGCUUUUGAUAUAGUGAAACUGGACUCUCAUUUCUUAAAUUAAUAAAAAGAACUUCAUUAGGCCUUGUGGUCACAUGACAAACAUGUGACAGUUUGUAGUAUAAAUGAACCAUACAUUGUUGGUAACUUCUACGUCAUUUGUAGAGAGUUGUCUAAUUGGCAAUCGUACCACAUCUUUUUUUAAUACAUACAUAUCUGUUAUUAGAUAUACACAGUUUACAGAAAGAAACAAAGGUUUACUUACUAAAAUUCAAUGUUAAAAGUUAAAAUUGACCAGUAAAUAGAAUUUUCAGUUCAGCAUAAGAGCAUUUUGUAAUUCAUAAGCAUUUUGUUAUGUCAUGUAAUUGUGAAGUUUAUGUUGCCAUUAAAAACUGUAAAUAUA